AUGUCCGCCGCAGACCCCCAAACCGCCAACUUGCCGCAUCCUCCGGCCUACACCGAGGCCUCUCCAGCCGCCCCGGCGCCCUACGAGCAAAACGACGAGUCCCGCAACUUCAUCCCCGACGAUUUCAAGUUCUCCACCACCGUUCUCUCCUGCGAGCCCCAGGUCCGCAUGUGGUUCAUGCGCAAGGUCUACACUUUGCUGGCGUGCCAGAUCCUGGCCUCCUUCCUGUUCAGUCUCUGGGUUAGCCGCAUGCCGUCCGCUCAAGAGUUCAUCAUCACCCACAUGUGGUGCAUGGUGCUCGCGCUGGUCGGUGGCCUCGUGUCGUGCGUGUGGCUGUCGCUCGCGCCUCGGAAAGACGACUUCGACGACGCUGCCAACAGCGUCUCGCUGCUGGGCGAGCAAACCGCGUCCCCUGCGCCCUGGUACUGUCUUUCGUACCGCGGCCAACUCGCGCUUCUGGCGGCCUUCACCUUUUUCGAGGCCUACUCCCUGUCCAUCGUCACCGUGGCGUACGACCCCCAGACCGUGCUCAGCGCUCUGUUCGUCACCUCCGUCGUGGUUGUGGGUGUCACCUUGCUCGCGCUCUCCGGACGCUUCGACUCCACGCUCUCCUCCGCCGGAAGCAUCUACUACUGGCUGAACCUCGCACUGUGGCUGCUAAUAGGAAUCGGCUUCUCCUCCUUGUUCUUCGGCAUGAACUCUAAAGUUGACCUCUUCUACAGCUGGGGCGGCGCCAUCAUCUUCACCGUCUACCUGUUCAUCGACACCCAGCUUGUUUUCCGCAAAGUUUACCCAGACGAAGAGAUCAGAUGCGCCAUGAUACUGUAUCUCGACGUCAUCAACUUGUUCUUGUACAUCCUCCGCAUCAUGGCCCGCAACAGAGACGAUUAA